AUGUCAAACGAAAACGAACACCUAGGAAACGAGAACCAGUUCCUUAGUCCUGGGAAGCAAGUACCUCCUCGAGGAGCAUCCAGGAGAUUGAAUCGUCGAUUGUCAGUAGCGCAAGAGGAUCAAGGACGUUUAAAUAGAGAUUUUAACAGUUUGACUCCUGAAGUGGAUUUUAAUCAGGAGAAAUGGGAAGAUGAAACUACACGUCCUAAAGCUGAUUCUCCAUUUAAUUUUGGUCAAUCUACUAAUGAUAAAGGGAGCGAUGCAACGACAGACCUCAAUUUUUGA